GGACGCUAUCGCCGCGCGAACGCGCAGACGUCGUUCUGCUUAAUCCCGAGCGGUCGCGCGACAUCUACGCGGAGCUCUAUUCACCUUUAGCGUCAUCCGGAUUACUGCUGACAGGCUUGAAGCACGUUUCGCCGUUAAGAGCGCACUCGCUGGCCUUUGCUCUGUUAGAGAAAGGCUGUUCUCUCGAGGCUUUCCAUCGGAACGUCACUCCCGCACCUCUACACGCGACAUCUAGAGACCAUGCUGACGCGCUGAAAGUCAGAACCCCAGUCGAACUGAGGGCUGUGUUCGUCGAGCAGGUGAGAUCACACGUCUGCAGGAGCAAGAAGCAGGAGCCAAGGGCAGCGGGAGCAGGUCAGCGGGAGCGUGGAGGAGUGCGUGGAGGGAGGUGUUCGGCUGGACCAGAACACCGAGGGAACAGAAGGGCUGGAUGCCUCAGCAAUGGCCUCCAACUUCAACGACAUUGUCAAGCAAGGCUACGUCCGGAUGCGGAGCAGAAAGCUGGGGAUCUAUCGGCGCUGCUGGCUGGUGUUUAAGAAAUCUUCCAGCAAAGGACCUCGCCGUCUGGAGAAGUACCCUGAUGAGAAGGCAGCCUACAUUAGGGUCUGUCCUAAGGUGACAGAGAUCAGUAAUGUGAAAAAUGUGACCAGACUACCACGUGACACCAAGCGUCAAGCUGUAGCCAUCGUGUUCACUGAUGACACCUCCCGUACCUUCACCUGUGAAUCAGAGCUGGAGGCGGAGGAGUGGUUUAAGACUCUCUCAAUUGAGUGUCUGGGUACACGUCUGAAUGACAUCAGCUUGGGGGAGCCUGACCUGUUGGCUGCAGGAGUCCAGUGUGAGCACACGGAGCGCUUCAAUGUCUUCCUUCUCCCUUGUCCUAACCUGGACAUCUACGGAGAGUGCAUGAUGCAGAUCACCCACGAGAACAUCUACCUGUGGGAUGUCCACAAUCCUCGCACCAAGCUCGUCACCUGGCCCCUCUGCUCGCUCCGCCGCUACGGCCGCGACGCCACGCGCUUCACCUUCGAGGCCGGCAGAAUGUGUGACAGUGGUGAAGGCUUGUACACUUUCCAGACACGUGAGGGCGAGCAGAUCUACCAGAGGGUUCAUUCCUCCACACUGGCCAUUGCAGAGCAGCACAAGAAAGUCCUGAUGGAGUUAGAGAAGAACAGUAGGCUCUUGUCCAAAGACUCGGACGUGGGUUCCUUCCCAUGCACCCCCACCGCCAUCCUGCCACGCAGCGCCUUCUGGCACCACAUCACUGGAACGCAGGGGGGGAUGGACACCAACAAUGGCGAGUUCCCAGCUGCAGAGUCGGGGGUGGAGUCCGGCCUCUUCUCCACCCACCUUCCUCCGGAGCCCCACUCUGCUCUCCCGGUGGGCCACGGCCGCCAGCACCACCCGGCACCACGCCAGCACCACCCGGCUCCCUUCUCCACGUACCCCAGCCAGUGAAGGGCCUCGCGGACAAACUGUCCGGCUUCACCCUUGAAUCUUCCUCCAGACUGGACUCUGUCCCUGGCCUCCCCCUCGCCUCCCUCCCCCCGCUGGGGCGGGUCCGGGUCCGGGUCCAUGUCCGGGUCUGGGCCUCCAGGCAGAACCAGCUUUCUGCAAGCCAAUCCAGGCAGCUGAGGGCACGUCCUGAGAGGGACUGCACUUAGAAGUGUAGAACAUUUGGAUCGGAAAAGAUUUCUGAACACAAGUUCUUAAUGAUGCAAGGUUUCAUUCAUGUUGCAACAAGAACGGUCACCCAUAGAAACCAACAGAAAUGGCUGUUUUGUUUCUGUGGGGGCCAGUGCUUUAGUUUUAUAAUGCCUCUAGCACACGCACGGUCUCUCUCUGUCUGUAUUUUGGUGCAUGUUCCCUUUGAUUAUGCAGCAGUUUUGAGAUCAGUACAAGCUGCCAUUGGUGUAGUUUACUUGGAAUUACUACCAAGGAAGCAUAUAAGUAUAUAACUUAUAAAACUAGAGUAGAAUGGCUUCCACACCUCCUCCUGUCAGCUUUGAACUACAGUAUCAACACUGAAACUCUUGUGCCCAAAGGCUCUAAAACAGUGAGGAUGCUCAGUUUCCGGAGUCUCACUUUGAAAGGAUUCUGUGCGACGUCUGGGGAAGUGGGAGGAACUAGAGGGGGGGGGAAAGGACAUGGUGGCUUUCGUCAGGAACUCUGAAACAAAUGACUCAUCCUUCGUUCAAUUUACCUUGGUUUCUUUUGUCCCUGACUCCCAGUAGCGAAGCACCUUGAGGUAAAUUUCUACCCGUCUGUUUUCAGCAGAUUUCAGACUGACUGAGAAUUUUUUAAAGCAUGGAAACAAAUGGGAGAAAAAUGGUGAAAUGGGACAGUGAGAUGUUCAGUGUGUUGAACUCCCCCAUCGCCCGAAGGCUGUGACAGCCUGUGACUCCUACAGCUGGGACUCCUAAUGCUGUGAGUCCUUGUUUGUGCUGAUUGAAGCUGUUCACCUUGGGAAGGAGACCAGGCCCCCAGAUUGUCUGAAAGACCUUCGGAGGGUCAGAGAUGCACAUACACAGAAGCCACCUGUGGAUCAGGGACCUCAUAUAUAGGUGACAUCUCACGUUGUGUUUUUUGUAAACAAGUUAUGUAUUUACAUUAACCAGCAAAGCACAAAAUGAAAGACGUUUUACUUUAGUUACGUUUGUGGCUGAAAUAAUUCAUGUUGGCACUGUGAGAUGUAGAUGCUAAAACUGAUAUUGGCAUCAUGAAGUGUCAUUAUUGUUUUGGCACAUCACUUUUUGUCUGACACAGUGAUGUGGGAGAGAAGCGGUUGUGUCGUAAAGAUCUAUCUCCAUUAGCCUCCUGUCCAGUAUAACGUGAGGUAAAUCUCUGAUGCACAAGUGCACACCUGCACUGUUAGUUUAGGCCACUGUUAGCCCUUCUCCGCAUGUUCCUCCAUUGCUUUUGUAUGGAAGCACAUCAGGUAAAGAACUGAUUCUUGUAAGAAAAGACGAGGUUUGGUCACUCGGGUUUAAAAGGAACACUUGAAUCACUUUUGCAUAGUUGGAAGAUUUUCAGAAUAGGAGUUUGUUUAGGAGUCCAUACAAUUAAUUCCAUUCAGAAAUCCAUCUUCAAAGGUAACAUGUGCUUUGGGCAUACCUGUGUUACUUCACAGAGCCAUCCAGAUCAUUGCUGGUUUGCUAACACACUCACUUUGGGAAUCCUGUGGACCAGGAGACACGAGGAACUGAGGAACUGCUUAAAUCUUCACAGUUUAGGCUGGUGCCAUUUAGUAUGUUGAGAUGCACUGACUGGGAUGGUUUUAUGUCUAACGCUUAUUUAAUGCUGGAAACCAUAAAAUUGCAUGAAUACAAACACACACACACACAGAUUGUAUAUUAUUUAUGUCAAACAAAAGAAGGGCUAAAUUUACAUGUUCACAUGCACCCGUUUCUUCUCAAUUUUGCUCUUUGUGUAAUUUUGUCAUGCCACUAAGACCAUGUAUAUAAAACACUUUAUUUCAUAUGAGGUGAUUGUGUGUCUCUUGGGAAGCCACUUUGUGCUCGAAUGUAUGUUUGGUUAGAUGACAAAUGCAAGAGCAGAGCAAACUGGUGGAGAGUCCAACAGUCCAAAUGUGUAUGUAGGUCACUUUCCUUAAAGAAAAAACCCCUUAAAAUAGUUGUUUUGUUCUGUGGGAAAUGAAUGGACUUAACAACAUAAUCUGUAGCCCUUGAAAGUCUUUCUAUUGUAGAGUGUGCAUGUUGUGUCCAGUAGUUUGUAUCCUCUACACCCAUGUUAAUGACAUUAGAGAGGACCCACCCCAGCUCUCCAGAAGGGACCCCCCCGCUCCCCUCAUCCUCACUUAGCACUCUGGUCUUUUUGCUGUUAUAUUUGCUUUUCUCUGUUCAGCUGAAAAUAAGAUUAGGAUGGUAUCUAAGAUGAGCUCCUAACGUCACACUACAGCAUGCGCACGAACACGAGAGGGUGAAUGUUAGGCACGAGUGCACACUGCACAUGCUCGCUGAGUAAUCGAAGGAUGUCUCAUGAGUCCAGCCAUGUAAACUAGAGGACAAACACAUGCCAGGCUAGGACUUCACCUCAAGAGCAAAGCAGCCAUUAGUGUGUAGAAGAGAACUGAGUGUGUGCUUUUCUCUGCCAUUAGUAGCUACUGACUCAGCUCUGCACCCACCCACUGGGAAGUGAACGUCCAGCUUCACGUCCUCCAGGAUCUUUUCAUCUGGCUGUUCUUCUUUGUUUUAAUGCUGUUUUACAAUCUUCUCACAGAUGUCAUGCACAAGGUGCCAUGUUCUCUUUUAAAGAUGUUAAUAUAUUCAGUAGGGAUUAUAUAUGCAGUACCAGUCAUGACUGAAACACUGAAGAUCCACAGCAAACAAUCUUCAAACAAUGAAACAUCUUAUUUGCACAGCAUGUAGAGUUGAGAUCAUGUGCGCUUAAAUUGGUGAAUUGUGCCAUAAAAAGUCAAUCAACAUGAACCCAUGAGACAAACCUGUGUCUCUUUGCUAUUGAGCACUUAAGUACUGAAACGUCAGGAAGUGAAGUUUGACCAUUAAACCAGGGCCAGACAGUUACAGUCUUUAGGUGUAGCUCUCCUGUGUCUCCCUACGUGAAGUUUUAGCUGGUGUCUUGCUUGUUACUUGUUAAUGACUCACAAUAGAUUGUUUUGUAACUGAGGGUCACAAAGAGCUCACUAACAGCCAAUAAUAACCAGUAGAAUCGUCUCUGGGUCAGACAUGUACAGAAAUGUUGUUGACGAUUUCCAUUCUGAAUGUUAACUCUGAAACGUUUUUCCUGAGUUAAAGUUUCAAGCAGGGAAAGCCCGAGAGUGAGCCUGUCCGGACUCACACCAGAGCAUGCUGUUGGGAACGCUGUCGCAUGACUACAGCUAACUAAACCCCAUACGUGUCAUGUGAUGUUUGUGGCAUAACAUUUUGCAUUUUUUACAAUAAAGUAUGUUUUUAUA